AUGACUGCAGGCAACCCGUUUAUCAUAAAGCACGUAGUCAAGAACAUUUCGAAUUUCAAUAAAGACGAAUGGGAUUAUAGUCAAAACGAGGAACAUUCUGGAAUCGAUUGGAAAAUCGGAAUCACUGAAAAGAAUGGAUUCGUUGCGAUUCAUUUAAUCUGCAAUCGCUCCACAAACGAUGACAAAUGGAUCAUUCAAACAGUCGACGUCGAAUUCAAAAUCAUUUCGAUCAGUGGAAAAAGUUGCACGAAAAAAGUUAAUCAAUGUUUCAACGAGAAGUCGAAAUCGAAUGGAUUUGAUGAUUUCAUUGCAUGGGAAGAAAUGAUUAAGAACUACGUAAUUGAUGACAAUUUGGUUGUGGAGGUUCAUGUGAAUCAAAUGAUAAUUUCUGGAAUCGAAAAGAGAAAAUUGAAAGUAUUCGACGAAUCGAUGAAGGAGUUCUCGGAUGUCGUCUUGAUUGUGGAGGAUCAGAAGUUUUAUGUAUCGAGGCUGUAUCUCGCCAGUCAAUCCACGUAUUUCGAAGCGUUUUUCUUGAGAAAUUUCGACGAAUCGAAGAAAUCUGAAGUGAUUUUGAAUGAUAUCAACACGAAGGAUUUCCAGAAUUUUCUCGAGUUGCUUCAUGGAGAAUCGCCGAUCGAUGACAGCACAAUCGAAGGAAUUGUCCGUUUGGCGGAUAUGUAUGAUGCUAAAAUGGCUGUGAGAAAAUGUGAACAAUUUCUGAUGGAUAAUUCCGGAAAAACGCUGAAAGAGAAGUUGCAAAUGGCUCAUCAAUAUCAUUUGGAGAACUUGAAGAUCAAAUGCCUUUCCAACAUCCAAAGUGCUGCAGAAAUUCGUUCGGUCUUGACGUAUGAUCUGUCGAAAAUGGAUCCAUUAGUGGUUGGAGCACUUCUUCAAAAAACUCUCGCACUUUUUAAAUAA